CCAGUCGUGAAGAAUAUCUGCUGUAUCGGUGCAGGAUACUAUCUAGGAGGACCAACUGCUGCUAUCAUUGCAUUGAAGAACCCAGACAUUGUAGUCAACGUCGCUGAUCUCAAUGCUUCUCGAAUCCGCAAAUGGAACUCCAAGCACCUUCCUGUUCACGAACCAGGGUUGAUUGAUGUUGUUCGCGUGGCCCGUGACGGCACAAAGGGAUCUUUGGCAUCCGAAGAACGCCAGCCCAAUUUGUUCUUCACGACUGAUGUACAAAGAUCUGUCGAACAAGCCGAUAUCAUCUUGCUGAGUGUUAACACCCCUACGAAGACUUCAGGCAUUGGUGCUGGAUCUGCCACCAAUCUCGUGGCCCUCGAAAGCGCGGUCGGCUCUGUUGCAUUGUGGGCUAAGCCCGGUGCAAUCAUUGUUGAGAAAAGUACCGUCCCGUGCCGUACUGCCCAGAUGGUUCGCGAUACACUCGACAUUCACCGUCCUGGCGUGCCAUUCGAAGUACUCUCCAACCCUGAGUUUCUUGCAGAAGGCACUGCCAUCAAGAAUCUUUUGAACCCUGAUCGAAUCCUUAUUGGCUCCAUACAAACUAAAGAAGGUCUCGCUGCCGCUGCUGCUCUCAAGAGUGUCUACUCUGCCUGGAUCAUGAAGUCACGAAUUCUCACGGUUAACCUUUGGUCUUCGGAACUGGCUAAGCUGGUAGCCAAUGCAAUGCUCGCGCAACGAAUCAGUAGUAUCAACAGUAUCAGCGCUGUUUGCGAAGCCACUGGUGCCGACAUCGAUGAAAUUGCCUUUACUGUAGGCCAAGAUAGUCGCAUUGGCCACAAAUUUCUGCAAGCCGGUCUUGGAUUUGGCGGAUCUUGCUUCAAAAAAGACAUUCUCAACCUGGUCUACAUGGCAAACACUCUUAAUCUUCCUGAAGUUGCCGAAUACUGGAUGCAGGUCCUUCGUAUGAACGACUAUCAGCGCAACAGGUUCGUCAGGACCGUCGUGAAGAAGAUGAACUCAUCUUUGAUUGGCAAGAAGCUUGCCAUUUUCGGAUGGGCAUUUAAGGAAGACACGAAUGACUCUCGAGAGUCUCCAGCCAUUGAAGUUGUCAAGGAGCUUCUGAGAGAGUCGCCGAAAGAACUUGUUAUAUAUGAUCCAGGUUGCAAUCCUGCUGGCAUCAUCGACGAGAUUCAGCAAAUCAUCGCUGCCCCCGACCAAGACCUACUAUAUCCUCAUGGACCAAUCAGAGUCGUUUCCGAUGCCUUUGAAGCUUGUCAAGAAGCAAAUGCAGUCCUACUUUUGACUCCCUGGGAUCAAUUCCGGUACCCUGCGGAAACUCAAAAGCCGGAUGCCUUCUACGACCAUGAAGCCGGCAAGGAAGGCAUCAACAAGCAGAUGGCCGGUGUGACUGCCAAGUUUGAAACGCUCGCCGCUGGUUGUUCAAAACAAUUCGUGGAAGAGCUGCCGUGUGAGGAUGAUUGUCAAGAUUGCUCGCUGGAUCACAACGAUCGAUGCACGUCUCGCGCCAAUGUUCCAUGGAAGCGCAUAGUAAAGAUCAUGAAGAAGCCUGGUCUGGUUUUCGACGCUCGCGGUCUUGUGGACGUUACUGCAAUGGAGGACAUUGGCUUCAAAGUGGAGGUCAUUGGUAAA